GUUUAGAACCUUGUAAACAAUAUGGCGUCGGAUUCAGGAUUUACGAUUAACAAAAGACAUCAAUAUAUAAUAUUAAUAAGCAUAUUUAAAUGAGUUUUUUCAACAAAUAUUGAUAACAAAAUGUUCAACAACCAGACGACGACCUUACUAUCUCAAUGUCAUGGUUAAUAAGAUCACCUUAAAUCGAAGAUUUGUGAUUGGUGAAUACAUUCAUUGGUCAACGGAAAUUUAGAAGUAAAUAUAAAGAUUGUGGUUCGAUGUUGUUUAGUACUAUCUAAGAACUGUGUAAAGAUGGAAGUUCACGUUUUUUCAGUGUUGCUUCUAUGUUUAUCCGCAUUUUCAUCAGCGGAAAAAAUCGUUGUGUGCAAUUAUGAGUCGAAAUCACAUUUAAGAGAAGGGCAAGGUAAAUUCGAUAUCGCUAAUUUAGAUGAAGCUUUACGAUUUUGUACGCAUUUAUUGUAUGGUUACGCAGCCAUCGAUGAAAGCACUUAUCAUUUAGUACCCAUGAACGAACAAUUCGACGUUAUAAAAGAAAAUUACAGACACGUUACAGAUUUGAAAAAAAGAUUCCCUAAAUUGAAAGUUUUACUUUCCGUUGGAGGUAAUGAGGAUAUCUCCGGUUCCGGUGAAGAGAAAAACGAGAAAUAUAGAACAAUCUUGGAAUCAACAACUCAUCGUUUGAGUUUCGUCAAUUCUGCGUACACUUUAAUAAAAGCAUAUAAUUUCGAUGGACUCGAUUUAGCUUGGGAAUUCCCGGAAACUAAACCCAGGAAAAUAAAAACAGGCAUUAAAAAAGUGUGGAGCAGUAUUAAAUCAGUUUUUACCGGGGAUUCGGUAAUAGAUGAAAACGCCGAACAACACAAAGAACAAUUUACGGCUUUAGUUAAGGAACUUAAAAAUGCAUUAAGGGCAGAUAAUUAUCAACUUUCUUUGACGGUUUUACCUAACGUAAAUAGUACAGUGUAUUACGACCCAAAAAAUCUUGCGCCAUAUCUUGAUUUUAUAAUAUUACACGCUUUUGAUUUUUAUACGCCCUUACGUAACGACAAACUGGCAGAUUUUCCUUCCCCUUUAUACGAAUUGAUAGAUAGACGUAACGAUGAAAACGUCGACGCGUGGGUGCGAUAUUGGAUAUCUCACGGAGCCCCCGCCCAUAAAAUCGUAUUAGGUAUAGCCACUUACGGACGAAGUUGGCAUUUAUCAGGCGAAGCUAAAGUCGACGAAAUCCCCAUCACCGAUUUAGAAGGACCAGGUGACGCAGGACCUCUUACCAAAGAAGCAGGAUUACUGAGUUACCCCGAAAUAUGUAAUAAAGUCACUACAAGGAUUACCACCCCUGGCGGAUUGACUAAAAUCCCCGACGCAACUAAACGCAGGGGUGUCUAUGCUUAUCGGUAUCCGGAUAAGGACGACAAAGGGGGAAUUUGGAUAGCGUACGAGGAUCCGGAAACUGCGGCUAUUAAAGCCCAAUAUGCUAAAGCUAAAGGUCUCGGAGGUAUUGCUGUAGAUGAUCUAACACUCGACGAUUUUAAUGGAAUUUGCGGUAUAGGAAACGUUAAAUUCUCCAUUUUGAAAGCUGCGGUGGCUGCUUUCUAAUUAUAUAAAGAAAGUUUAAUAGUAAUAGAAAAAAUCCUAGUCACAUAUAUUUUGUGAAAUAGCAUUACUGUUACUCAAUUUAAUAAUUUGUAUUUGAGAAAAUAAUAAAACAAAUUAUUUGAA